AUGCCCUCCGUCCUCCUGUUCUCGGGUCUCCCGCUCGACGUGCGCGAGCCCGAUCUCGCCGAGCUCCUCACCGCCGACCCGACGCGCCUCCCCGCCGCCUCGGUGGCCGUGACGGCGCUGCACAACAGCGCGGGCAAGUUUCUCGGCACGUUCCUCGUCGAGGUCGGCAGCGACGCGGAUGCCGAGCGCGUGAGGCUGCAGUACUCGGGCCAGGUCAUUGACGGAUCCCACUCUCUCGCGGUGCACCACGUCCUCCCCAAGACGCACGCCCACCCGUCCGUUGCGCCACCCAAGUCGGUCGCGCAGCGCAUUAUCCCCAAGCUCGGCGCGCCCGCCAAGCCUGCCCAGCUGGCCAUGCAGCAGGCUCAGCAGCAGCAGCAGCAGGGCGGCAGGCAGCAGGGCCGCAAGGCCGCGGCUGGCGGAAGCAGCGGUGCCGAAGCCAAGCCCCCCGGUAUCCAGCUGCUCUCGCGCCUGGGCAAGGCUGGCAAAGCCGGCGAGAAGGAGAGGCAGAAGCUCCUGAAAAAGCCCUCGACACCAGGCGACGCCCUCCUCUCGCGCCUGGCAAAGACCAAGGCGACCCAGAAGGCGUCCCCGACCAAGACCGCCGGCGGCGGCGGCGGCCGGGCCAAGCCCCCGACCCCGUCCGCCGCGUCCAAGGCCAAGGCCAAGACGAAGAAGACGGGCGCCGGCCGCGGCGCAGGUGCCGCAAAGGUCGCGCGCGCAAAGGCCGACGCCGGCGGAAAGAUGGAUGUCGACAGGCCCGCAGUGGGUAACGUCAAGUCUCAGGCUCAGCCCCAGGCUCCGGCCCAGCCCCAGGUCAAGACGCAGGCGCAGCUCGACGAGGAGAUGCGCGCGUACGAGCGUGCGCGCCGGUUCGGCGCGUAG